AUGUCAGAUCAUUCUGGUGAUACUGGUUCUUUCAACAACAGCAGCACUUUUCAAAGAGAAAGGCUUCUUAAUGAUUAUGAUCAGGAAAACAUGGAUGGAAGCAGUAUAGAUCUUGUUCCGAGUAACUCAGAGAAUGAAUUGGACACGGAUCAUUCCUAUGAUCUUCGGAGAUCUCAAGAGUUAAUUCCUCAAGAGGUCUCAACGAACAACAACCUGCAGUUUUCUUCAAAUGGAGUUGAAACUGACAACAUUUCAAAGAUUGAAACUGGUAUUAAUACAACAGUGCCUUUUAAAAUUCAUCCUCGACCUAAAAAUCUCCAACCAAAGCCAUCCUAUCAACUUCAAUUAGAAAUUUACUAUGGAGGAGGAAUGCCCAACAAAACAAUCAUCAUCAAUGUAUAUAAUGAAAACAAUCCAAAACCCUUCCUUGGUGGAUUUCGAAACACUCUUACCAAUCUCAUGUAUCAUCAUGCAGCCACUCAAACAGACUCUCAGAAACAAAAGGAUCCAACUAUUAAAUCAUUCCAUAGAGAAACUCAAACUAAAAAAUUUACGACGAAGGGACAACAAACCCUUAGAGAACAAGGAACUCAAAUGGAAAAACCAGGACUUACCAUAGACACUUCUGAAGAUCGAAUUAUUUAUCCCUCUUCUAAUUAUUUUGAUUCUGAAAUGUUAAAAUCAUUAAAAAUUGAGAUGGCCAUUAAAAUUCAGAGAAAUGUCAGACGGUGGAUUGCGAAAAGAAAAGUAGACCGAAUGAGAGAACAAAAAUACAAGGAAAUUGAGAUGAAAGAACAAGCAAAGAAACAAAAGGAAAUGAGUGAAAAUCAUAAAAAGUAUAAAGAGAUUAAAAGAAGAAUGCACCCAAGAAAACCACAAGAUUUUCAAAUCAUGUACGACGAGUUAGAAGCAUGGAGAACAAAGGAGACAGAAGAUAUUAAUUCAAAUGCUCUUCCAGGAUCUAAAGAAAGAAAAGAAGCAAUGAAAGAAUUGCUUCGAAAGGAAACAAAACUGCUCCAAACGAUCGAUCGAUUGAAAAUUGUUGCAGGACAACAAAACAUGGGACAAAAAAUUCAAAGAGAUUUAGAAGAAAUGGCAAAACCAAAAAGAAUCUCUCGAAUGAACACAACACGAGUCAAUUACAAUCGAGCAAGAGCGUUGAAAGAAGGAGCAAUCCCUCAUUCCACUUCUACUGAUGAAAGUAACAUUAAUUACACUGAAAUUGAAACACCCUACACCAUUCGAGCAAGAGAAUUGAGAGAUUUGUAUUAUGGACUCAACACUGAAAUGUUAUCCAUUGAUGAACGAUUAGAUGUGUUGAUGCAUGUCAAAUGGACAGUGAAAGAAUUUGAAAAGGAUUCUCUCUCAAAGGAUAUUAUUGAACUGAUUGAUCGAGAAGCAGACUUGUUAAAUAGAGGUAGAAAGGACAGUAGUUUAGUUGGAUUAAGGAAACGAUUGUCUAAUUUAUUUUUACACUUCAUUCAUGAACCCAAAUACAAUCCUGAAGCCAUGGUUCUUGUCAAUCGAAAGAAGAAUCAAUUGAAAAAGAUGAUUGAACAAGUCGAAGAUGAGGACAUCUCUCAUGAAUAUACCAUUGAAUUCACUUCACGGGAUCUUGAAAAUCAUGAUGACGAAUAUUACCACUCUUUGAAUGUUGAUCAACAAGACAAGAAUGAUGAACAACCCAUGAUCGAAGUGGUGGAAGAAGAAAUGGUGGAUUGA